AUGAAUUUCUCCAAAAAUCUCCCCCUUUUAGUGUCCCUUUGGGCAAUCACAUUCUUUGCCUAUACCCAUGCUGCCACUUUCGACAUUGUAAACCAAUGUACCUACACUGUCUGGGCUGCUGCCUCGCCCGGUGGCGGUCGAAGACUCGACCGAGGCCAAUCGUGGAGUAUUAACGUCGCCCCAGGAACUACCCAGGGCCGAAUCUGGGGGCGUACUAAUUGUAACUUCGACGCAAAUGGUCGCGGUCAAUGUGAAACCGGAGACUGCAACGGGCUAUUAGAAUGCCAAGGUUAUGGUAGACCUCCUAAUACCCUUGCUGAAUUUGCCCUUAAUCAGCCUAAUAACUUGGACUACGUCGACAUCUCAAACGUAGACGGAUUUAACAUCCCGUUGGAGUUCAGCCCCACCACCAACGUCUGUCGCCGCCUCGUAUGCAAUGCCCCUAUCGUCGAGCAAUGUCCAAACGAACUACGUACUCCUGGCGGUUGUAACAACCCGUGCACAGUUUUCAACACCAACGAAUAUUGUUGCACCAAUGGACCUGGAAGUUGUGGCCCGACAACAUUUUCGAGGUUCUUUAAAGAUAGGUGCCCGGAUGCUUAUAGCUACCCGCAAGACGAUCGGACAAGCCUGUUCACUUGCCCGGCUGGGACCAACUACCGUGUUGUCUUCUGCCCAUGA